AUGAUUGCAUACAUGUAUAUUGUAUUGCUUAUCCCUAUUGUUACUACUGUCUUGGUUACUAUUGACAAUCAACAACCUCGACGUGAUGUCAACGGUGAGAUCAUCGAUGCACAUGACGGAAGUAUACAACAAUUUGUGCCAGGUGGUCUGUAUUAUAUGCAUGCAAUGCAAUAUGGAUUGUGCAAAGAACCUCCAAAUUAUGGAUGCGAUGGAGCUGGUAUGCCAGAAAAAUGUGGAUUUCAACUCGAUCAUAACAUCAGCAUUUGGACUUCGCCUAAUCUAACUUCUGGAUCGUGGACAUAUGCUGGUAAUGCCAUUGAUGUAACUAAACGUCCAGCAGGCAUUGUUUUUCGUCCUCAUCUGGUCUAUAAUCCAAAUACAAAAUUAUAUGUAUUGAUGUGGAAUUACAUGAACUUUGGUGUGAGUGGUCAAAUCGCAGUAGCUAUCUCGGAAACACCAAUUGGACCAUUUGUUGUUGUGAAUACGGCUCUAAACAUAACACGAGGCAGUUCAGGUGACUUUGAUCUUCUGGUGGACACUGAUGGAAAGGGAUAUAUUAUUUAUUCUGCUAAUUCGAUGAAUGUGGAAGAAUUGACUACCAACUAUUAUUAUACUACUAGUAGUCCACGAUAUGUAUUUCCUGAAACAUUUGUCGAAGCUCCUGUCUUGAUGAAACGAGAAGGAACUUAUUAUGCUCUCUAUGAUUGGUGCUGUUGUUAUUGCUUUCAAGGAAGUGGUGUGAUGGUUUAUCGUGCUCAAUCGCCUUUGGGUCCUUAUCUACAACAGCAAGAUGGAGAUAUUGCAUGCAAGACUAUAAAUCGAACAAUAAGCAAUACUCGUAUCCACACUUCGAUUAAUGCACUUCCGACUCCAGGACAAGGUUGUCAAUAUCACAAUGGAAAUACAACAUCUACUCUUCGUUCACAACAGAACUUUGUGAUUAAGGUAACAAAUGCUCAAGGUUUAACAACAUUUGUCUGGACUGGUGAUAGAUGGCAACAAGCACCUGAUGGUAUCAAGGGACAUGAACCACAAUAUUGGAUGCCAUUACAUUUCAAUUCCGAUGGUUCUAUCGAUACACUUGAUUGGAUAGACGAGUUUACUGUUGAUGUGUAA